AGCUUGACGAAAAAUAUAGCGUAACAUUAGAUCCGGUGUAAACUUAACAGAUUACAGGACUGGUGUAAACUACGAGGUUAUUAUUUUGUGUUCUUGUUUAUUAGAAUUCAAAAGAAAAAUAGAACUACUAGUUCUGAAGUGAAAUAUUGUAUGGGUGAAGAUAGAUUUGAGAUCAAUGGAGAUAUGAUAGAAUAAGAAAGUUCUUAGAGACACAGAUACAUUUCAGUAUUACAGGACUAAGACAAUGGCACGUAGAAGGCUUGAAGAAGCCAUCAAUGCUGGACAGACUAUUGCUAAGGGUAAAGCAUACCCGGAAAGGUUCACAAAGUUGUCUGUUGACCAUGAGAUUACUUUGGAGAGGGAAGUGGCAGGUGUGUAUUCAUUACAGUAUUCAUUUGAUGGAACAAUCCUUGCAGUAGGAUGUGACAAUGGAACUAUUAAGUUAUUUGAACCUAAGUCAGGAAAGAAAAUAGCUGAUGUUAGAAAAUCUCGUUAUGGAGGAUAUCCAAUUAUGGUAUUGCGAUUUAAUCCAAAAAAUCCUAAGCACAUAUAUGCAGGAACAUCUGAAGGACAGAUUCUUGAUUGUGAUAUAUCAGACUUUAUGUCAGAAGACGGAAAACUGUUGGAUUUUAGUCAGAUACCACAUGAUAAGGAAGAACGAUGGAAAGAAGUUGUUUCAGAAUUUAAAUUUGGACCUGAAGUAGGAGGAAGAAGAGAAAAGAUAAAAAAUGAAAUAAAUUGUAUGGAUUUUGAUUACACAUACACAAGAUUUGCAACUUCUGGAAGGGAUCUUAGUGUUCGGCUCUAUGAUGCAAAUACAAAUCAGGAAAUACGGGAGUACACUGGGUAUGACAACACAAAGGAUCCAACUAAUUUGCAGUUCUCAGGCUGUGCUCAGAGAGUGUUUGCACUCAAGUUUCAUCCUGAAUAUGAUGAUAUAUUUAUCACAGCUGGCUGGGAUAGACAGCUCAAGAUUUGGGAUGCCCGCAAUAAUGACGGUGUGGUGAGAACCAUUCAUGGACCCCACAUAUGUGGAGACGCAUUAGAUCUAAAGGGAUACAAGAUUUUGACUGGAUCUUAUGUUGGUGGAAAUGAUGCCCUCCAGAUCUGGGACUAUAGCACAGACUAUGGCCCAAGCAGUAAAGCCCGACCUCAUGUUGUGAAUUUCCCAGUAAAAGCUCCAGCCAGUAAAGGUCAAGGAAAUACCGGUCCAUUCCUAUAUGCAGCUCAGUUUUGUGACAAUAAUGUAGUAGUAGCUGGUGGAUCAGGAACAAAUAGUGCAAUGGCAAUAAAUUCUGAAAAUGAUGAGGUUCUUGGUGAGGUUAAGUUUGAACAUCCAGUUCAAGCCAUAGACACUGUACAUGGAGGUAGAUUGUUUGCUGUAGGAGAUGGGAAAAGGAGCAUCAAGCUCUGCAGUCUUAAUUGAACAUUAUGCUGUUCACAAGAUACUGUCACCAUCAAGGUGUAUGAUAAUCAUUCACCUGGUAUCUUCCUCUGCCUGAACAACAUGAGAUAUUGAACUUACUACACCUCGACAUCUAGAGUGUCAUUGUUAGAUUUUUUUUCAUAUUUUACAUGUUGACUCAUAUUUGCGUUGUUAUUCAAUCAUUGCUUACUUGAAUCAGCAUUUCUAGGUUUGAAUUAUGUCUUCCCCACAACACUGCCCCCACUGGGGGAGACAUAUUGUUUUUGCCCUCUCCGUCCGUCAGACUUUAUUUCCAGUCAGUAAUUUGAGAACAAUUUGAUCUACAAUCUUCAAACUUCACAGGAUGGUAGGGCUUAUGGAGUAGACAACCUUAAUGUUUUUGGAGUCACACCAUCAAAGUCAAGGUCACAGGGGCCUGAACAUUAAAAAGCAUUUUCGAUUAGUAACUUGAGAACCACUGAUUGCUUUUGGGGUUCACUCUGUUAAAGGUCAAGGUCACAGGGGCCUGAACAUAGAAAACCAUUUCCGAUCAAUAACUUGAGAACCACUUGACCCAGACUGUUGAAACCUCAUAAUAUAAUCGGACAUGCAGAGUGGGUGACACCUAUUGAUUUUGGGGUCAUACUAUUAAAGGUCACAGGGGCCAGAACAUAAAAAUCCAUUUCAGAUCAAUAACUUGAUGACUAUUUGACAUAAAACCUUCAAACUUAGAUGGGUGACAAAGAAUUCCAGAGUAGAUGACCCCUAUUAUUUUUAGGGUCACUCCAUAAAUGGUCAGGGUCACACAAGCCAUCUGCCUGUGACGCUUUGUUUUCAGUCAGUAAAUGGAGAACCAGUUGGCCUAAAAGCUUUUAAACCUCAUGUGGGCAGUAGGGCUUGUAAAUUAGUUAUUCCGAUCAUUUUAGGGGGUUACUCAAUCAAAGAUCCAGGUCACAGGGGCCUGAACAUGGAAAACCGUUUCUGAUAAGUAACUUGAGAUCCGUUUGAUCCAGAAUGUUGAAACUUCAUAGGAUGAUUGGAAAUGUAGGGUAGAUGACCCCUAGUGAUUUUUAGGUCACUUGAUUACAGUUCAAGGUCACUAGGGUCUGAAAUUGGAAGAUGUUUUCGAUCAGUAUUUUUAGAACCAUUUGACCCUGAACCUUCAAACUUCUUAGGAUGAUUGGACGUAGAUGAUCCAUAUUGAUUUUGGGGUCACUUGAGCAAAGGUCAAGGUCACAGGGGCUUGAACAUGGAAAACUCUUUCUUAUCAAUAACUUGAGAACUAGUUAGCCCAGAAUGUUGAAACUUCAUAGGAUGAUUGGACAUGUAGAAUAGAUGAACCCUAUAUUUUGGAGUCACAUGAUCAAAGGUCAAAUUCACAGGGGCCAGAACAUGGAAAACUGUUUCCAAUCCAUAACUUGAGAACCAUAAGGCCCAAAAUGUUUAAACUUCUUGGGAUUAUUGGACAUGCCGAGUAGAUCCCUAUUGCAGCCAACCAUUGGUGUCUCUUGGUUUGGUCCUGUCUCCUAUUGACUUCUACAAAAGCAUCAUCUAGUUUCAGCCAGAGCUUACUGGGCUGACUACUCCUCACUUUGCUAUAUUUCUCUGUCAAAUGGGGAAUUGAUACAAAUUUAUUUAAGAAAACUGUUUAGUCAUCUAUGUAUUUGCCUUUUAAAAGAGGUUAGUAGCAAAUUACAGCAAACUAUAUGACGUUAAUUACCAGGGACUAUGAUUUGCUCGUUUGAAUAUAUAACCUUUAAAUGAAAUAUUAUUUUAAUGCAAGUGAUCAUUCAGCUCAGAAUACAUUGGUCCUUUAUUAAUUCUCAGUGAUGUCUUCGUAUACAAGUGUACUUGUUACGUAUCAUUAUAUAUACAAAAUCAUGUAUACUCUAUAUGAUAUUUAUAAAUAUUCAGUCAUUGUAACAUUCCAAAGGUUUUAAAGCUUUUUUUUUUCAUGCAACUGUUAAAAAUUCCGUCCUACAACACUUCAAAUGUAUAUAAAAUUCCGUCCUACUAAUCUAUAAAUGUAUAUUUUUGUAUUCAGUAAUUUUUACAUCUGUGUGUUAGUGCUAUACUGCUGAUUGUCAUUUUGUUUUGUUUUUUUGUUUAAAUUUCAUAGUUUUAUUGAUUUAUGAAUAAAUGAAUUUACAUGGGU